AAUGUUUCUCUCUGUUUCUGUCCACUACAGGAACUCAGACGGUUAGUGUGCCGAUGGUCAACCUGGACUCAGUUGUGCCAAACUCUGCACCGGAGACGUUCAUCAAUGUCAGAGGCAACGUGUUGGCAGACAGCAUUGAUAACUCCAUCAGCGAGGACUCUCUGGCCUCCCUCAUCAGGAUGCCCGGCGGCUGUGUGGAGCAGAACUUGGCCAGCAUCACUCUACCGCUCAUCGCCACCCUCUACCUGGAGACCACCAACAGCUGGGAGAGUGUCGGGGUGCAGCGCAAAGCUGAGGCUCUCCGCUACAUCAGGAGAGGCUAUGAGAACCAGCUGGCGUACAGAAAGAGUGACGGCUCUUAUCCCCCCUACACGAGGGAAGGCGCAAGCACAUGGGUCACAGCGUACGUGGUGAAAGUUUUCUCCAUGGCUCACUCCAUCGUUGGUAUCAACGAGCAGCAAGUGUGUGAACCCCUGCUCUACCUGGUCAACAACAAACACAAGAUGUCUCGGGGGAACUUCGUAGAGGACAACCCAGUUUACAGCACCACCAUGACGGGCGGUCUUCGUGGAGAUGACCCCGAGACGACCCUGACCGCCUUCGUCCUGAUAGCACUCGCCGAGGCCAAGCAUGCCGGGAUCAGCUGCGUUAAUUCAAGAGUAAAGGUAGUUAUCAGAAAGACAGCUGAAUACCUGAAGAGAGCGCUGGUGACGCCGGGCAGGAGGCCGUACACUGUGGCCAUCGCCUCCUACGCACUG